CAGACAAAUCCAUAUAAACAAAAGGAGUUUAGAAUGCUCAAUAAUUUGGAACAAUGUGGGCAUUUGCAAACAACUGGCCACCAGCCUAUCCCUGGAAGUUCUGCUGACAAUGUAACUGCUUCAUUCUUCUGCUUGCUCCUGGGGUUGCUUCUGUCUCACUGUCUCAAAUCUUACAGAGACCAGAAAUCUCUUGAAUGGCAAUUAUAAUUUAUAUUUUCUUCUAAGUCUCAGUGUCACAAGAGAUAUCUCUGGAGUGUCAUCUAACAGCCAGGGCAACAGGUCCCUGUUGAUAGCCUCCUAUUUCGAAGUUUCAGACCAAAGUGGUCUUUGUGCUCCAGGAAUUUGAAUGUCAUCAUGGAAUGCCUGCUUUCCAUAUAUAAUGAGCUUGACUCUGGCAGAAAAAUAUAUUUCUUACAAACCAUUUGGAUGGUUCCACUUUUGGGGAGUUGGAUAUAGGUCAAUGCAGGGUGUGUAAUUACUGGUUAAGUGGGGUUUGGAAAGGAAUGAAUAAUUCCUUUACAAGGACAAUUCAGAAUAGACUUAAGCAGGAAUUACCGGUGAGCUGCCAGAAAAUUAGGCAACAAGCUUUCAGAUCACUUCCUAGGGUGAUGCAGUGUUCCUUGUAUACUUGCCUUGGGGAAGGUAAGCCUGCACCGCCCACGGUGGCAAAGAAACAGCCUGAUGUGAAAAUACGAGACAGGGUUCAGUCCCUGGGUGUCAGAUCCUCCACUCUCCAGAACUCGUGCACAGUCAGAUCUUGUCCCACGGGUAGCACGCGCCUGGGAGUCCGUGGUGGAGCCACUCGCAGGUGGGCGCCGACGCAGCCUGAUAUGGAGACGGUAUCCCUGCUGCUGUGUGGUGUGUCCAUAGCUCUUCCCCUUUGGAUCAGAGCUGAUGAAUGUCGGGACAUUAGUGUGCAAAAUGAGACACCUUCAGUAAACCAGCCUUUUGCUUUUAAUUGCACAUACCCUCCAAUAACCUCUGGGAAAGCACAUGUAACUUGGUAUAAAUAUCCUAGCAAAAUCCCAGUAUCCAAAAACAUGCAGACUAGAAUUUACCAGGAUCAAAACUGGAUUUUGUUUCUUCCCCUGGCAUGGGGGGACUCUGGAAUCUAUCAAUGUAUUAUAAAUAAUACAAAUAUGUGUCACCGAAUAUACAUAAACCUAACUGUGUUUAGUGAAACCCAGUGCAUUUCCAGAAACAGUCAAGUGAAUUUAUCAGAUGAGUACAAACAAAUAUUACAUGUUGGAAAAAAUGACAGUCUUACAUGUCAUCUGAACUUCCCGAAGAGCUGUCACUUGGAUUCAGUAAAGUGGUAUAAGGACUGUAAAGAGAUUAAAGGAGAGCGCUUUGCUUACUGGGAAAGAAAAAGAAAGCUAUCAGUGAGCAAUGUCUCGGCAGAGGACAGAGGGAACUAUGCGUGUAAAGCCAGACUGACUCAUGCAGGAAAACAAUACAUGGUUUUGCAUAGAAUUACUGUGAAUGUCACAGAAAAUGUUGGACAUGGAGGAAUAAUCCCUAAAAUAACAUAUCCAACAAACAAUACAAUUGAAGCACAACUUGGCUCUACCCUUAUUGUAGACUGCAACAUAACAGACACAAGGGAUAAUACAAAUCUACGAUGUUGGAGAGUCAGUAGCACAUUGGUGGAUAUUUACUACAAAGAGUCCAAACGAGUCCAAGAAGGAAUUGAAACCCACAUUUCUUUUCAGGAACAUAAUUUUUACACAGUGAACAUAACCUUUCUAGAAGUGAAAAUGGAAGAUUAUGACCAUCCUUUCACAUGCCAUGCUGGUGUGUCUGCAGCAUACUUUAUUUUAAAACCUCCAGUGCCAGAUUUUCUAGCUUACUUGAUAGGAGGGCUUCUGGCCUUUGUAGGUAUGGCUGUGUUUGUUAUGUGCAUCUACAAUAUUUUUUGGAUUGACAUUGCACUUUGGUAUCGAAGUGCCUUCCAAUCUACUGGGACCAUAGAAGAUGGGAAGCUCUAUGAUGCAUACGUCUUAUACCCCAAGCCUCAAGGAGAAAGCCGGAGCUAUAUUGUAGACACACUGGUUCUGAAGGUUCUGCCUGAGGUACUGGAAAGGCAGUGUGGAUAUCAGUUAUUUAUAUUUGGCAGGGAUGAGUUUCCUGGACAAGCUGUGGCCAGUGUCAUUGAUGAAAACAUUAAGCUGUGCAGGAGACUGAUUAUCAUCAUAGUUCCUGAACUGCUGGGCUUUGACAUAUUAAAGAACAUGUCAGAAGAACAAAUUGCUAUCUACAAUGCUCUCAUUCGGGAUGGGAUGAAGGUCAUUUUAAUUGAAGUGGAGAAAGUAAAAAACUAUACAGUUAUGCCAGAGUCAAUCCAGUACAUCAAACAGAAGCAUGGGUCUGUCCAUUGGAGUGGAAACUUCACAGAGGAGUCACUGUGUGCAAAGACCAAGUUCUGGAAAAAAGUGAGAUAUUGUAUGCCACCCAAAAGGUUUCCACCAUCUUCUCAUACCUAGCUGCUGAAGCACACUCCUUGUGACCUCACAGCUGACAACUGAUGUGCCAGCACAGGGUUAUUUACCCUGUGAUGCAGGUUGUCUGUGGGAAGUGGCUCACAUUUGGACAAGAGGCGCUGCAUUCAGGCCAUCUGCUUGAAGUUUGUUAUUGUGUACUUGUGUGAAGAACUGUGCUUGUUUGCUUAUUUUGAUCAGGCAUACAUCUUUAGAAAAAGAUAUCAGCUCUAAAGAAGGCCCUCAUUAACUUAUUGGUUCAGAACACUUAUGAAUAUUUGCUGAACAUAGACCAGCAUUAGCAUUUGAGCCCCUGAGGAAUAGGACACAGGGAAUUUCAGAGUUUAGUUCAGUUGUUAGGAAGUUGGCACAUGGUGUAGUACCUGUAGGGCCAGAGAUGGGAGCCUGAGUAGCCAGAGGAUGGCAGGAAGGGAGUCUGUGGGCUUG